AUGAGUACUAUGAAAUUUUGCCGUGAAUGCAACAACAUUCUCUACCCUAAGGAAGACAGAGAUCAGAAGAUUCUUCUCUACGCUUGCCGCAACUGCGACCAUCAGGAGGUUGCUGAUAACUUCUGUGUGUAUAGGAAUGAGAUACAUCACUCCGUUGGGGAGCGCACUCAAGUGUUGCAGGAUGUGGCUGCAGAUCCAACGCUUCCUCGAACCAAGUCUGUUCGCUGCUCUCAAUGCAAUCAUGGCGAAGCUGUCUUUUUCCAGGCAACAGCCAGAGGGGAAGAAGGAAUGACACUUUUUUUCGUUUGCUGCAACCCAAACUGUGGAUAUAGAUGGAGGGACUGA